AGCUCAAAGACCGGAACUAAACGGUUUGAGUCAACUACCUUUGACGAUAUUCGACAUCCGUAACUUUCACCUGGCCCGGUCUCCCUACCGGCGCGGCGGCUCUAUACAGUUGGCGUCGAGGCAUCGGGCCCUCCCGGCGCCCGCUAAUCCCUAAAUUGGCGGCGGCGGCGGCGGCGGCAGCGGCGGCGCGGCCAAGGCGCGGCGACGACCAUCGGCGGGCGCCGGCGCCGGUCAUUGGUCGGCGCCCACAGGCCCCGCCCCCACGGCCGGUCGGCGGCGGCGGGUCCCGUCAGCGGACCGCACAGAAGGUACAGAGCGCUGGUGAAGAGAGGAGUAGAGAGACACCCCGGUGACUGAGAGAUGUUUGAAGACGGCGGUGCGCUGCAGUCGAUCGAGGCUAUGUGCAAGGACAUCGAUAGCGGAGUGGAGAUGGACUCCCCGCGCCUGGUGACUCCCCCGCCGGUGUCUCCGGCCGUCUCGGACUCAGCCGAGCCGUCUGCCGCCACCCGGCGACUCUCCGGCGACGACUCGGGCAGCAGCAGCGACUCGGGCUCGGCGGCCGGCGGCGGCUCGGCGGCGCGCCGGCCGGCCCGCACCGUGUUCUCGGCCGGUCAGAUGGCCGCCCUGGAGACAGAGUACGCCGCCAACCGGUACCUGAGCACGCCGCAGCGCCGCCAGCUCAGCCAGCGGCUCGGACUGGCAGAGGCCACUGUCAAGGUCUGGUUCCAGAACCGGCGCAUGAAGGAGAAACGCCAGCAGAGCGAGAGCCAGAUGCACUACCUGAGCCACGUGAUGCAGUCGUACAUGUACCAGCUGCAGUGUGCCGGUGUGAUGACGCCGCUGCAGCCGGUGCCGCUGCCGGCCGCCCCCGCCCCCGCCCCCGCCCCCGCCCCGGCCGUCCGCCGACCGGUGACCUCGCCGGUUGACCUGUGCCGACCGCGGGUCAGGCCGCACGGCGACCUCUUCAGGCCCUACGCCCUGUAGAGCCACCGUCGCUUGCUACCACUGUGUACUUUGCAUGUCAAGCUUAUUUGCCGUUUGCCUGUGCCAUAGUCACUUUAGCCUGUGAAAUGUUGCCACUGCAUACCACAUGUAUCGAUCACCGUAUGUAUGUACUGCAUGUCCGCAAUGUGUGUACGGUGGAGAGAAAUUCCUCGUUGUUCCCCGAUCUGCCCGAUAUACCCAAGACUAUAAACUGCGACCGUCGCUGAGCCGGUCCGACCAUACCCGGGCUGACCGGGGCCGUACGGGCCGUGACGUCAUCCCAUCUCGGGGAAGGCGGUGACGUGUCACGGGCCAGGAAUGUCACUCGAAAUGUGACGCACCGUGCGCCGCGUCAGUCAGCGUGCGUCACUGUUCGCCGCCGCGCCGGCUAUCACUGGAGAUGGACCAGUAACUGCGUGUUACUCGAUAUAGACGUUUAUGUGUGAGAUAUUGUACCUGUUCCUACCCAUAGGUUUGACGACGACCAUAUUGUGAUGGUUGAUUGGUUGUAACUGUAAAUACCCUGUUGAUGUAGGGAGAUGAUAUGUUUUGUUAUAGAUGCCAAUAAAUUUAUUCUUGUACCCACAGA